AUGUCAGAGGUCCUCAUCGUAGAAGCAAUUUUGUUUGGGCUCUUGGUCUUCUCUGGCAUUCUGGGAAACAUCUUGGUGAUCCAUGUGGUGCUUCAGUCAGCUGUUAACAGUCCAUCGCGGAGGCUCCCCCCCUCCGACACUAUACUGGUGCACUUGUCCCUCGCCAACCUAUUGACUUCACUGUUCCGCACGGUGCCCAUCUUUGUGUCAGACCUGGGUUUGGAGGUGUCUCUGUCUCUGGGCUGGUGCAGAUUCUUCAUGUUGCUGUGGGUGUGGUGGCGAGCUGUGGGCUGUUGGGUCACUUUAACACUCAGUGUAUUCCACUGCACCACCUUGAGGCGCCAGCGUGUGACCUUAAGCCCACAUGCGUACCAGCGGGAGAGGAGGUGGGUGUGGAUUGUUCUGGGGCUGGUGUGGGGGGCCAAUUUGGUGUUUUCGCUCCCAGCUCUGGUAUUUAGCACCCAUCUUCACAGUAAUGCCACAGUGGAGCUGAUGGUUAUCAGCUGCACCACCAGGCCGCUGCUGGGGUGCAUCUGGGAGUUCCCCACUGAGCAACAGGGCUCAGCUUUCGCCUCCACCUCACUGGCACUCAAUGAAGUGUUGCCACUGAUGUUGAUGGUUUGUACCAACCUGGUGACUCUGCACUCUCUGGCUAAACACAUCCGCACCAUCAGCUCUGGAGGGGAACCUGGAGGAAGCCACGGAGAGCUGGACAAACAUGUGUCUACUGAGCGAAAGGCAGCUCAUGUCAUUAUGUCACUGGUGACUCUGUUUGUUGUCUGCUGGGCCCUGCAGGUUGCUGCAGUGACAUACUACAACCACAAUGGUGGACACCACGCUGAGGGUCUAUUGACUGUAGCCCACCUCUCCGCUUCACUGUUUGUGGGAUUCAGUUCCAUGGUGGUUGCCCUUGGACAUGGCAAUCUGAGGAGGAGAAUCAUGUGCAUGAUGCAAGGAUGGACCAGUGUCAUCAAAUGUCACUCUGACAGAACUGAAGGGGAGUGUAAAUCCACAAAGACAAGGUCUAAGAGAGAAAAUCAAACCAGUUUUACUGUUCAAAAAGAGAGAAAGGUCAUUCAAGUGGAGGAGAAAUGUAAAGCAUGUAGAACAUGA